AUGGCGCAAGGCCACGUUCCUAUAGCUUACCCAUCUGCGAGCGAUGCUACCGCCGCCGCUACCGAUAAGAGGAUACACGACAUCCAACAGUACAAAAAGAUUGUGCAGUUCGGCGAUGCUGUGCUCUCUGGAAGCCACCCAUCAGUCAAGCUCCCACCCGGCUUGCUGGCUCUAUCACGACCUUCCCCGCGUCCAAUUAAUGGCUCAUUGCAAGCUAAUGGCCAAAAACCUGCCGCGCAGGCGUGGCAGAAGCAGUCCGCUGCACAAGCCUCGUCGGAUGCUUUGUCUGUGAAGCGAGCGCCGGCGCCUGCGAGGACCGAGAUCAAUCCUAUUUUGUUAGAGAAGUCCGAUGAACUCAUCAAGGCCGAGCUACAGCUCAAAAGGCAAAGGCUUGAGCGUUCGUUGAGGGAGGAGAUUGACAGGCGCCGUGGUUCCAAGCACGACAAGGCCGAGCCAAUGGCCGAUGUUGACUUGUCCAACAUUCUCUCCAAGGCCCUGACGCUUGUCCAAGAGACUGCAGGCCCCUCGCACCUAGAUGAAAACCUGAGUGCUACUAAUGAAGCUGCAAGUGACUCAUUUGACGAUAACACCUUCUACUCAUCGCGACAUGAUACUCCCGAGUCGCAACUCAUCCAUCGCGUCUCCGACGAGUCGCCCGCAGCGCAAGCCUUCACGACCGAUCAUGCUGACCCCCAGCCUCCAAAGUCCAAUACAGGCUAUAGCCUGGUGGGAGCCACAGACGGCACUGCCGCUUCUGUACCUGCCAUUCGGGAACGCGCGGCUCUAGCAACGAGCGGCCCAGUCGGCUUCCACGUUCCUGGCCUCAAUAAUUACCCAAGUGAACCGGUCCCAUCUGCGCGGGCAAGUCAUAAUAAUACCAGUGGAGAGCAGAGUUUGUCUGGGGAUUCGGGGAACACCAGCGAGCCGCAGAGAGACCAGUACCAGGGGUUUGCAGGCCAUAGCUCUAGCCAAGCAUAUGCUGAUGACCACCCCCCAUCCCCUCUUAUCCGAGCUUAUAACGUAUUGCCAGUGCCACCCCGACCGGCUCAAGUCUCCCAGGCGGCUGUAGAAGGACCAUUGAUCACGACCCCAAGUCAGCCGUCCAAUAAUCCCAGAGGCGCUCCAGCACAAGUUGCUGCUUUGAGAAGCGAACCCUUCGUAAAUACUAGCCCCGACAGCUCGCCACAGACUGGGAAGAAUUCGGAGAAAAAGAAGUCUAAAAAGAAGAAGAAGAGAAAGGCUGAUAGGCAACCUCCUGAGGAUGUCAUGCCGUAUAUCAAGCCUGAACCGCUGUCGCCUUCGCCUAUUCAUGCACCGACAUUCACCCGCCCAAGCAAGCGACAAAAGCAGUCCCAAAGGCAGGGUAAUGAGCCUGAUCACGAUGAGCUUACCAUAAUCCACGACCCACCACAGCAGCAUGAACAACGAUCUUUACGGGAGGAGGCUGUUGGUGCUCGCUAUGAUAUCGCUGAAUACCCUCAGCAACCAGCAGCCACCAGGGUGAUCACGGAGCGUCAAUAUGGCAAAGAUUACAGUGAGGAUCGAGGCACACCAAGGGAUGUAUAUAUUCAACGUCAGCCCUCGCCCUCGCUUUAUAUUCAGCGCCCCCUUAGCGCGGCUUACUCGACUCGGCCGAUUGUUAUUGAUAACGGUUACGGCGAGCCGCUACACCGGUAUCCCCCUUAUGAGGUGCCACGGAUGAGCGUUCGGCCAGAUGUUGAUACUUACGGGCAACACAGGCCACCUCCUACGAGAAUCAUUGUAGAUUCCUUUGGGCGUGAGUACAUUGAACCCCCUCGCCCUCCUGUUCGCCAAUCUGUCGCACCAACUAUUGGCCAUGGCGAACCCGAGAUUUUGUAUGAACGGGCACCACCCAGAGCCGUUUCCCGACAUUUAGGCCCUCUGACAUAUGAGGAGCCCGGGAUUGUAUACCCGAGAGCAUCAUCGGCACACCCUUUUGCUCGACGUGUUGUUACACAACCUGAGCGUAUUGUUCAUGAUUAUGGAGAUGGAAGACCGCGCGAGUACUCGUUAUGCCGCCGCCGGAGCGACGACUCCCGGAUGAAGGGCGAGGAGAAUAUGCUGCCAGAGCAGCAAGUGUACGGCCGCCAGAACCUGUAA